AUGGAGCCAGCGAGUCCGUGGGAUGCUGAAUCUGCCCCUACUCAAAGCUGCUGGGGGUCGCCCUGGUCCCACGGAACGCACUCCGGGUUGCCCCGUUCCUCCCGGAGGCACGUGGGGCUCGGCGGCUCGGCCGGCGAAAGUCUUCUGGCCCCAGGCCCACGUACGGCACCGGCACGGCGGAGCUCUGCCCCGGGUGGGGUCGUGGAGCGCGGGGCCGUGGGGAACGGGCAGGACUGUGGGUACCGAUUAUGUGGAGCCCGGGCCGGGGGGACCGGGCGGCCCUGCGCCCGGUGCAGCAGUGGGGAGCUGGGGGCCGGAGGGGCACGACCUGUGUAUCCCCCACGCGUGGCCCCCCUCAUGCAAACAAUGCCAAAGCGCUUCCUGAUAGGAGGAGCGCGCCGCGAGCCCCUGGCUGCCGUUGGUAGGGCGGAAGCGGAAACCGGCGGCGUGGCCGCGGCGGGAGGAAUGAAACCGGGUCCGGGCCGGCCGUGGCGGCUCUUGGGAGCGUUGGUGCUGUUGGUAUUGCCUCCGGUGCUGCUGGGGGGCGCUGGUGGGACGUCACCUGGCGGGCAACGGUGCAACGGCAGCAGCGACGACGACGCCCCGAGGCUGCGGCCUAUCGACCCGGAGCGGUACAACGGGCUGGAAGCGGCGGCACCGAGCCGCGGGGGAGCGCAGGAGCAGCCAGCUGGGGACCUGUCGGUCCUGCUUGACCAACCUGAUCCCCUCCCGUGGCUACGAGCCCCAGGCAGUGCCGAGGAUCAGAUCGUGCCGCUCCGUGAGGGCCUCCUGUCCCGGUACUGCGCCCCACACCGCUUCUGUUACACCAACACCCACGUCCCCCAGUGGCACGAGAUAUGGACACGGACCCAGAUCCGGGUCAACAGCAGCCGGAUGAUCCGAGUCACCCAGGUGGACAGCGAGGAGGAGCUGGAGGAUUUCAGCCUGUGGAGUGUCCUCUUCUCCUUCCUGAAGGAGAAGCUGAACGACACCAGCAUCGAUGUGGACCUCUACAGCCACAAAACCUGCCUGAAGGUCGACCUGCUGGAGACCGGCACCGAGUACUGGAUCGUCCUCUUCCGACGCUUUGACCCUCAGCUGUUCCUGGUUUCUUUCCUGGGCCUGUUGUUGUUCUUCUGUGGGGACAUGCUGAGCAGGAGCCAACUCUUCUACUACUCAGCUGGGAUUAGCUUUGGCUUGCUGGCCUCACUGCUGGUCCUGGUCUAUGUGAUGUCCAAGGUCAUGCCCAAGAGAAGUCCUGUUUACUUCCUGAUGGUGGGGGGUUGGUCCUUUUCCCUCUACCUGCUCCAGCUGAUCUUCAAGAACCUGAGGGAGAUCUGCAAGUCCUACUGGCAGUACCUCCUGGGCUACCUGCUGCUGGUGGGCUUGGUGAGCUUUGGGGUCUGCUACCGCUACGGCCCCCUGGAGAACGAGCGCAGCAUCAACCUCCUGUCCUGGGCCCUGCAGCUGCUGGGGCUGCUGCUGCUCUACUCAGGCAUCCAGAUCCACCCCAUUGCCUUGGCCCUGGUGGUCACUGCCAUCUGCACCAAGAACCUGGACUACCCUCUGCGCUGGGCCUUGGCCGCCUACAGGAGAGUGCAGAGUGCCAGGCUGGGCCCCAGCCCCCCUCGCCUGCUGACAGAGGAGGAGUACAGGCUGCAGGGGGAGGUGGAGACUCGCAGGGCCCUGGAGGAGCUCCGCAGCGACUGCAAAAGCCCCAAGAUCUCUGCCUGGUCUGUGGUGUCUCGCAUCCAGUCCCCCAAGAGGUUUGCUGAGUUUGUGGAUGGUGCCAGUCACGUCACCCCCAGCGAGGUCUCUCUCCACGAGCAGGAGUAUGGCCUGGGUGGCAUCUUCCUGGAGGAUCAGCUCUUUGAGGAGGAUGGAGAGGAGGAGGAGGAGGAGGAGGAGAAGGGAGAUGACUUCUUUGACAGGAAUCACACAAGUUACUCCCUGGCCCACAACCAUGUGGGUGCUGCAUGAGCUCCACUGCCCAGGACCCACGGGGGUGAGGGGCAGAGCUGCUGCUGCCUCCCCGCUGCCCACGGAGCCCUGAAGCUCCAUUUGCCAGAGAGCUGCUGCCCCUCCUCCUGGCACCCACCCUGGGCCCUGUGGCAGAGCCUGCUGGGAGGACAAGGGGGGACUGUCACUGUCCUCUUCCCCAGGCAGCUCCUGGCAGGCUGUGGUGUGAAAGCUGGCAGCCAGCCUGGGGUGAUGGCAGGGGAGAGGUGCAGGGAGCUGGUCCCAGCUGGGGCCCACGAGGUGCUGAGCUGUGUGGGGUCCUGGCUGGAGGUGAACUGGAGCCACCCUGGCUCUUGGUGCUUGUGAGCUCCCAAGGUGUCAGUUGUAGGAUCAGGGACAUCCUUCUCAGGCCUGGGUGCUGAGCUAGCUGCUGGGAGCACCCCAAGCUUGUCCCUGGGCACCUUUGGGUUGCUCCUCUUCCCCCUGGCUCUGCCAGGUGCGGCACUGCCUGCUGGGGUGGGGGCAGAGUGAAGGCUGUGCCCUGCCUGGGAGGGUGAUGUGCACAAGAGGAACUUUGGACCUGCCCCACUGCUGCCUGUGUGCUCAGCACCUGCUGCCAGGCUGCUGUGGGGAGGAGCAGCAGCAGGUGAUCACCUGCACCUCCUCCCCCUCCUCCUCCUCCUCCUCCUCCUCCUCCUGCUGUUACCAAAGAUGCCAGAGCUGGUUGGGCUGUGCCUCUGCCUUAGCUUUGCUCCUGUGUGGAUACCAAAACCCCCUCCCUGGUGCAGGCCUGGCUCAGGCAGCCUCUCCCCCUGCAUGUCCUGGGGCUCAGGUGAAGGCAGCCUCGAAGCUGCCAUCUCCCCUCAGCUCUGUGCUGAGGAGGAG